AUGAGAAUUGGAGAACGUAUAGGGAAACCUUUGCGGGUAGACCAUGCAACAAUGUCGGGGGCGCGAAGCGACUACGCCCGGGUCUGUGUCCAGGUCGAUUUAACUCGGCCUCUGCUAUCCCAGUUUACGAUCAAUGGGAAGAAAUACUUCAUACAAUAUGAGGGGCUUGACAAGAUAUGCCUGCAGUGUGGUACGUACUUUGAACGAGCUCGUUGUUCUUGCAUGGGGCGAAACGAGGACAUGGAGGUGGAAGAACCCGUUCCAACCCAGACAAGGACUGAACCUAAACAACCUGAGGCAGUGUAUGGGGAGUGGAUGAUCGCCAAGAAGAAGCCAAGGAACCGUAGGCCGAACCCAGAGUUGGAGGGGGAAAGUCAGGAGAAGCGGGGAGUUCAGGUACCAGGGAGGGACAGGCAGAAUGGCUCUCGGUUUAAUAUUCUGGAGGUGGAAGAAAUAGGGGGUGAGGGGGAUGCAUCGAUUGAGAUACGUGAGGAUCCCAUCGUUGAGGAACGGGGCAAAAACAAAGAGAAAGCAAAAGUGAGGGGGAAAGAGAAGGAGGGUUGCUCACCGCCAAUUAGUGUAACGUCUAAGACCGGGGACCAAUUAACUGUGGAUAAGCCGACGGAGCAGCCUCCCUCGGACACCAGUCCUCCCGCUCCUUGUUCUAGUCCACAUGGACAAAUUGCGAAUCACCAUGCCCGAGAUGCAAUUCCACCAAGCCUAGGUAGCCAAGCCGUGAGCAUGGGGCCGGGUAAAGGGGUUGUUGGGGGGAAUAGCAAUGAGGACAAUGGCAGUAUACAUGAGAAGCCACCGGAUCCUAGAGGUAUGAAUGAACCGAAAGGGGAUACUCGGACUAGGACGACGGAGCAGAAUGGGAAACUACUACGUGAUGUGCAUGGGAAGUCGGGAGGGGGCCUCAAUGGGGAGGCUGUUUCUCUCUGA